AAUGGACAAGUACCUAGCACACUCUGUAUCUGAAGCUGCAUCAGUUGCAUGGACCCAUUAUACAACUGCAGAGAGAGCAGAGCCACUGCUUGCGAGACUCCAUUAUCAAUCAGAUCUCAAUAACCUCACUAAAAGUGACAAUCUCAAUGCAAGAUGAGGUACCCACUGAUGCAUGACCAACCAAGCUCUGAAGAUGAACCAUUUGACCUCUACACGGCCCAGUGUCCCUAGUUUGUGAGCUCAACAAACAGGUGAUGAUGUCUCAAGCAUUAGCAGCAGAAGCCACGUUCAUUGCACAGCAAGCUACAUUUGAGGUACAAGAGCAGCCCCUCCCCCCAGAGGAUGAAGCCAGAGAAAUGCAAGCCCCCCCUGAAAAUAUUACGAUCGAAACUAUUGUAUCACAAGACACCACACGGCAGCAAAGUGAUGAAGUCAUAGCAACGCAAGACAACUCUUUGCAGUAUUUGGCCGAAUGUAUGGUUGGAAAAUUGCCAUGUGCUUGUGCUGCCGAGACAAGGUUCACAGAGGUCACUAGUAGAGUACAUCCAAUGGACACCACUAUAGACGAACCUUCACCCAAAGAUCCUACAAUGGAUACGGUAUUAUUGUCCGACACAAGGAGACCAAUUGUCAACGAUGUCAUUGCAAGUACUGCAGGUGAACAGUCCUGACCGUGUCUGGAUACAACAGCUGGCUGAGUACCCAGAGCAUGACCUGGAGGAGCUAUCAGUUGCCAUGACCACCAGUGACCCCAACACUAUGAGCAGAGGCGAGUUGAUGGUUGGACUGUAUUGUGCUGUGCUUGUGAGUGUUGGAGGCACUCAAGAGAGAGAAGAGGAUGGCUUCUACAGGAGAGCUAGAGUGACAGAGGUCAAUCGACCACACUACAUUGGACAGGCUAGACUGGAGCUGAUAGAUUGUGGCUCAACGAUGCACAGUGUGUCACUCCUCUACAAGCUCCCCCACGGACUGAGAGUGGGCGUGGUCCCUCCCCACGGCUAUUGACGGCCUCUACUCAACAUUCAAUCACGGAGAGGAAUGGUUCCCACUGGACAAACAGCUACUAUAGAAACACCUACGACACAAAAUGGUGUUUGCCAAGGUUACCAGGAAACCAUCCGGGCUACAAGUUGGUGUCGUCGAUAUCUACUAUGAUCGUGUUGGCAAGAACAGAGUAACUAACCUGCUCCUCACUAAAGGACUAUACCUCAGCUCCACCUCUCUGCUAGCCAAGACCACACCCACACCUUAAACCACCCCCUCACAAGCAGUGACCACUCCCCCACGAUCAUUACUAUUUUGGUUCAGUUACCUACUAAAGAAAUCAAAACAAUUCAUGACCCUCAAAACAGAAACUAUUUGUGCACUAAAGAGACAUCAUCAAUGUCAGCUGUACUAGCACCGACAAACUUGUUUAAUGGUGUCAAAGUGUCUACUUGUGAGAAAGGAGAUUGUAAGGAAGCUGCCAAUUGCUGGUAUCAAGAUGCCCCUCUGGAGAGAGCCUCGUUAAGCGGGGAGGACUCCUGGUCUAACGAGUCUGAUGAGUGCUGUCAUAGCGACCGUCGUCUGAGCAGCAAGUCCCUAGUGUUGACAAGUGAUUAUCAUUUGAGAACUGAAAAUUUUAACUGAAUGAUGACUGGACUAGCUAUUAUUAUAGCCUAACUGCAAAUAUUGUAUGACCAUAGAUAUGGUAUGACUGUGAAGAAGUGUGGGUGUAUCUCAGUUACAUAUUUUCGCGAGUAUUAAUU